UUUGAUAAUCUUUGGUAGGAUGGAAGUGGUGAAGAUGUGACAGGACAAUAAGGCCGUAUCAUUUGAAGAUUUAUGUUUAGAGACAGUAUAAACUUGGGCUAAUGGCUAACACAGCCCAAUUAGACUCGGGUAUACUUCGUAGAAAUCCACAGGAUGAUUUUGAAUUGAUACAACGAGUGGGAAGUGGAACGUACGGAGAUGUUUACAAGGCCAGGAACCUCAACACUGGUGAGCUGUCUGCCAUCAAGGUCAUCAAGCUCGAGCCAGGCGAUGACUUUGCUGUUAUUCAGCAGGAGAUUGUGAUGAUGAAGGAUUGUAAGCACACAAAUAUUGUGGCUUACUUUGGCAGUUACCUCAGGAGAGACAAGCUAUGGAUUGCCAUGGAGUACUGUGGAGGGGGUUCCAUGCAGGACAUCUAUCACAUUACUGGGCCAUUGUCAGAAUCACAGAUUGCCUUUGUGUGUCGGGAAACACUGAAAGGUCUUCUUUACCUCCACAGUCGCGGCAAGAUGCACCGUGACAUCAAGGGUGCCAACAUUUUACUUACAGAUGAAGGUGAUAUAAAACUGGCUGACUUUGGAGUAUCAGCCCAGAUCACAGUGACAAUGAACAAGAGAAAGUCUUUCAUAGGGACUCCGUACUGGAUGGCCCCAGAGGUAGCUGCAGUAGAGAGGAAAGGAGGCUACAACCAACAGUGUGAUAUCUGGGCAGUAGGCAUCACAGCUAUAGAGUUUGCAGAGCUACAACCUCCAAUGUUUGACCUUCACCCAAUGAGAGCACUCUUCCUGAUGUCAAAAAGUGGAUUCAAACCUCCUCAGCUUAAAGACAAGACAAAGUGGUCUCCAACAUUUCAACAUUUCGUUAAAGUUGCACUCACAAAAAAUGCCAGGAAACGGCCAACAGCUGAUAAAUUGUUAGAGCACCUGUUCAUGCAAGGUGAUUUGUCCCGGCGCCUGACAAGAGAGAUUCUGGACAAGGCUCGCAACCCAACUAACACAUUUGAAAUUAUGGUUGAAGAUGAAGAUGGGAUUAUGCAGAAUGUCCAGCAGAGGAUACCAUCACAACGAUCAGCUCGUAAUAACCCGGCUCGCAACAGCAUAGAACUUAAAGUAAAUAUUCCUCAGCCUGAUCAGGAUGAGAGAUUCUACACAGGCCAAGCCUGGAUGGACAAUGACAUCUCCAACCAGGGUCUGCUCCAGUCAGUUGAUGAAGAGUUACAGCGGAGAGGACAUCGUGACAGCUUAAUUGAGGAUGACCUCAACGACCAGUUUGUCUCUCCUUCACAACAAUCCACCUUACAAGUGAAUCCUCCUCCUCUUCCUCCAAGAAAGUUCUCCCAGGACUCCAACUGUAAUGAGUGCAGAAGUAAUGAACCUGGGGCCGAGAUGUUGGACAUGGAGCCGCCCGAUAUGGACAACCUCAUCGACCGCAUGCUGACUUUGACCCCUGACUCCCGACCCCCUAGAGAAGAGGAUACAGAGACACCACCUGCCAUCCCUCCCAAAUUACGCACACACACACAGAAUGGUAUGAUAAACAGCAUGGGGAAUGGAAGUACGCCCAGUACCUCAGACGACCGACCGCCUCCUGUUGUACCACGCAGAGAAAAAAAGGAUCAGCAAGACAAGUCAUCACGCCCUGUCAGCAAUGGACUACCACCAACACCCAAAGUCCAUGUAAGUAAUACACUACCACCAACACCCAAGGUCCAUAUGGGUGCCUGUUUUUCCAAGGUUUUCAAUGGGUGUCCACUACACAUCAACUGUACAGCGAGUUGGGUACAUCCAGAUACCAGAGACCAAUACAUACUUAUCGGUGCCAAUGAGGGUUUGUAUACCCUGAAUCUUAACGAGCUCCACGAGGCCUCUCUAGAACUGCUACAUGCGCGGAGGUGUACGUGGGUAUAUGUGAUAAAGGAUGUACUUAUGUCCCUCUCAGGUAAAACUCCUCACCUGUACAGACAUGAUCUGAUGAUGCUGUACAGUCGCCAGACCACCAGGUUCUCGCUCCCAAUGAAUAAGAUACCUGAGAAACUAGUCCCUAGGAAAUUUAACCCAACGACGAAGGUCCCAGACACAAAGGGCUGUACUAGGUGCUGUGUGGGGAGAAACCCCUAUAAUGGCUACAAAUAUCUGUGUGGGGCUCUCCAUAAUGGUAUCAUAUUAAUGCAGUGGUAUGAACCGCUCAACAAGUUCAUGCUCCUUAAGACAUUUGAGUGUGAGGAGAUGUCUAUCCAGCCAACAGUGUUCGAGAUGUUUAUCUCCCCUGAACUGGAGUACCCAAUGGUGUGCUUGGGAAUUAGGGUCGGGGAUGAAAAGAUCUUGCUCAAGUUUGAUAUUAUAAACUUGAAUUCCAACAGCAACUGGUUCACAGAGAUAACAGAAAAUAGAGAUGGAGAAGAACUACCUGUUGUCAAUGUGACCCAGCUGGAGAAAGAUACAAUUCUAGUCUGUUUUGAUAAAUAUAUAAAAGUUGUAAAUAUGUCAGGAAAGUUGAAGUCCAGUAAGCGCCAGGCAGCGGAGUUACAUUUUGAUUCAGCUGUGGAAUCGUUAGUGUGCUUACAAGACAGUGUGUUAGCCUUCCACAAGCAUGGUAUGCAAGGACGGAGCUUUAAAGCAAAUGAAGUAACACAAGAAAUCUGUGAUCGGAGCCGAAUAUUCAGACUGUUAGGAUCAGAUAGAGUUAUCCUCCUUGAGAGUCGACCAACAGAUGACCCGACUGCUCAUUCCAAUCUGUAUGUGUUAGCAGGCCAUGAAAACAUGUUCUAGGUAUCUGGCACUGUUCUAGGGAUACAGUUCUUCACAGACACAGGUGCAAUUUAUAGGAUGUGUGGACAUAAUGUGGACAAGAGCCAAUGUAUAAGGUCGUGUGGGCCGGAUGCGACAAUGUAACUUCGAAGUCGUAUAGGCCUGAUGAAACAGUGUCUAUGUAUAGCUGUAAGGACUUCAUGUAAAAACACAGAUGGAUGGUAAUGAAAUAAGACAAAACCAUUUGCUUAACACAAUACAGUGACAAUUCAUAAACGAUUCUGAUUCAACCUUUGACCUUCCAAUACUUGACACAUUCUUCUUCAUUAUCAAUCAGCUUCACCCUUAACCUGUGAGCUCAACCAUUGGUCAGUUUGUUUGACUGAUAGCAGAGACAUCAACAAGGGUGUAUCAGGAAUCAACAUUAAAACUCAGCCAUUGGACCUAAUGUCUGCAAUGUCUGCCUGCUUUUAACUUCAUUGGAUACUACUAUUAUAACAUACAGCUGUUAAUUAGACAAUCCAGAUACUUUCAUAUUUGCUAUUGACUUGAUGUUUUCAUCCUGAAGCUUGGCACCAACAUCACUGUCUCAUCCUUCUGCUAUCUACAAUGAUAUUGAAUGAAUCAAGAUGUUUCGCUGUGAUCUGAUUAGCUUUGCCUACAUGUUAAGGUCAUGAGAAGAUGAUAAAGAUUAAUAAUGUUAAUGAGGAAUUAAACCAAUUAAGAUCAGCCUGUAUUAGUGUACAAUGUAUACAGUCUAGAUGAUGUCAGGAAAAUAUUCACAAAAUACUGGGAAAGAAUAAAAAACAUCUUGCCUAGAAGCGCUUCUCCAGCUUCCUGAAUUUCUACAUGUAGACAAGACAUAAUUCACUGAUAGCUGCCUGAACUUAAAGCAAAGCUCCUGUGAUGUUUUUGCAUGUGAUUGAGUGAGUGUGUGUGUGAUAAGGAUGUAAAAGUGUGUGAAUUGAUGUGACAGUUCUGUAUGUGAAUCCAUGAAGAGGCAGACAUGCUGUUUAUCUAUGUCCUUGAGGCCUAUAUAAUUAUAAUAUCUAUGAUUUGGGAGACAUUGAAAAUGUUGUUUUGUUAUCCAGUUGAAUAAAAGCAUAAUUUUGUUCCACAACAUGCACUUCCAAGCAUGACUUAUUUACAAACUGGUAUCGGGUAUCCAAAUAGUGAAUUGAACUACUGUAGAAGUCCUGAUUUCAAUUAAAUAACCAAUAUACUUCACAUUGAAAUGGGUUAAUUUUGUUCACUACGUAUUUACAAUAUGUAAAUUACGCAACUUAAACUUCUCAUUAGUAUAUUGGUACAAUGUAUAUAUGAAAGAGAGUUCACCACAAAUUUCAAUCUAUUACAAAAUUUUUAGUACAUACACUGCCGGGUAUCUAUUCUUUUGGGGAUUUCAAAUCCCCAUGAAGAUUUGAUACUGUAGUGAUAUAUUUACUCAGACACCACAAGUACAAUCAUCAAUAAUUGGGUACCAUUGAAGUUAAAGGUCAUAUGAUUUCAGUUUUCUGUAGAGUUUUUGUUCGGGUCUAUUUUGUAUGGAAUACACUAUUUUUCUUUGUUGAUUCUGAACCAUUUUAUGUUAUUUGAUGGCAUGUCCGUACAUGUAUAUUGAAAUUAAUUAAUAUUUGAUUGUAAAAUCACUCCACACGAUGUUUAUUAAUAUUUGAUUAUAAAACCACUCCUAAUGCUUAAAUUUCAUAGCUGAUAUGAUGUUAUGACCUUAUUUCUCCCAUACCGUAAUUGUGUUUUUAAGGAAUGAAAGGGUUAAUUUGUAUUUUAUGAAGUUAUAUUUCUGAAUCAGUUUGUGAAUCUUAAUUCAUAUACUGUAUCAUUAUUUAAUUUUUUUUUUUAUUCUCAUGUAUAUUCAUCAAUUGUACAGGAAGUAUUUGUCCUAAUUAAUUUAUCACACAAAAGUACUAAGUGUAUGUUUUGUCUCUGCAUCAUACUAAAUGUGCAUUUUUAUUUUGUAACAUGUUAUUUUUGGUUAUAUAAUUGUUUCACAAGUAUUCUGUUUGUGUACAAUCCAACCUAUAUUAUAUGUUAUAGGUAUUAUGUACACUAAGUGUAUGUAAGUUCACUCAAGAAUUACUGUAGUGUAGCCAAAAUAAAUCCAAAAUGAUGGUCAAGGUCAAAUCAGGCACAUAUACUACUGACCACUUGUUGUCUAAAUGAUGUCCUUAAGGUCAAGACUACCUCUUAUCAUGACCUUGUCUGUCUUGAUACAGGAUUUAUGUAUGAAAUGGUGGGAAAGGGUAAUCUACAUGGUCAUAUAAACAUUUAUAGCACUUGCAUAUAUAUAUAUAUUUUUUUUUGUUUUUUUUUGCAAAGUCAAAUAAUGAAUUUGCACACAUCUUUAUACUGGUUCUUUGUAAGAAUAUGCUAAUACAUAUCUAUUCCCAAAUUAUCAUCAUAUACCAGAACUUGAUUUUGAAUAACAUCUUUAUAAAGAAUUUUUUGCCAUGUGUCAUUCAUUUGAGUCACCAGAUAUUCACUCCGUUAUAAGAAUGAAAAGCAUGUUAUAAUUCACAAUCAAAAAUGUAAUCAUCCAAUUUUCUUUUUGUAUGAGAUAAUAUAUAUUCACAUCAACGUAGAUCCGUCAUUCUAUACCAUCCCCAGAGAAAUAAGUAUACUGGACUAGCUAGACCUCGAAUUGAUUGACACAGUAUACUAGCAGGGGUCAGAGGUCUGUUGGCAGGGUCAAGAUUAGACUAACAUGGUUAGACGUCAACUAACAGGGUCAGAGGGUAGAAGUCUGAACAUCAAGAGUGACAUUCAUGGUUGCAGGGUUAGAAGACAGUUGGUAGAGAUGAAGUAAAUUAGUAUGUAGGUUAGCAUAGUCAUACGUUGCCUAGCAGAAUUAGCAAUGUUCUUAGACUAAAUCUGCCAUAGAUAGGUCAGAUUAUGCGGUGAUAGCUAUGAAAUCCAUUGUUUGUGAUACUGGGUUGUACAAAUCACAGUCUUGGUACCUUCAGCCUUUUGUACAGCCUGCUUGAGCUAAAGCCUUUGAAACAAUAGUUGUCUGAUGGUAUGAAAUGGGGAUAUUAGUAUCUGAAAGAUGGGCAUUUCUGUGUCAAUAUUCUAUAGUAUGUGAUAUUAUUAGCAGUAGUUACCAUUAACUAUGUUACUACAAAUUAAUAUUUAAAUGGAUUACACUAAAACAAGAAACCAUAUUUGUUUCUUUUCUUGAAUGUUAAUUAUAUGUACAUUGUAUAUAAUUGGAAUUUAAAUAAAAACGUUUGUUUUAUGAUGUAAACUAUAAAAUAUUUAAAUGCGAUAAUUAUAAGCAGUUUCUGGUCAGUUGGAGUCCAAGUGAUUUUAGUCUAUAGAAUCCAAUUACUGGGAAACGGGUACCUCAUUUACCUGUGACUACGACGGGUAGUUGUUGAAAGUUGUAUGUAAAUGAAGCCUGCAGUUAGGCAGGUUAGUUGCUCAAUGUUAAAAGACUUGCCAUGUCAGGAUAGGAAUUGUUUGAGAAUAGGACACCUGUAUAAACAAAGUAUGUUUCAUUGUCAUUCAUUCUACUCAUUAAGUUACAGGUGAUUAACAGGAUGAAUAUUCUAAGUUCGUUCUUUAGAGGAAACUAAUUAAUGUGAUGCAUGUAUUAGUAAAGAAUAGUUCUGCUAGCAUUGUGGUAGGCUAUAUACACAAAGUGCUUUUAACUUCAUAAAUUAAAUUCACUUGAUGAAUUUUUUUUUUUUUAAUCUUGCUAGUCACUUAUCAUUUGUUCAGUGAUAUUUGGUUAGGUUAAUGGCUUACUUGAGUAUCAGGUUAUUGUAUUUUUUUCCACAGUGUAAUUCUAUAAUUUGAUUUGCAAGGCAGAUUCUGGUAUCUCAAAGUAAUAUUAAGAAAAGGUGAAGUGGAUGAAGCAUGACACCAGAUACUGGCAUCUCAAAGUUGAAUGGAGAAAAGUCAAAUGGAUGAAGUAUGAGACCUAGUGUGGAUUUGGUGUGUUGGUGACAGUAGUUUCCCUUGGUUUGGAUAUCGUCAGUAAUUGGACUGCAGACUUCCAUCUUGCAGCAUUUACUCUGCAUUUCACUGUCCCUAGAAUAAUAUAUGGUUAUGUUGUAUAGAUAUCAUAUUUAUUUAUAUAUACAUAUGUAACUUAUCUUACAAGCUUUUAGCUAUGCAAUACUGUGAAUAAGCACCAAAUUUAUUUUUCUUCACUCUAAUACUAUUUUAUAUUACGACCUUGUUAGCCAGCAGGUAUGUUUGGCUUCAAGUGUUGUAAUACCAGACAUGUGAUAUCAUUUCGUAGUACAUUUAAUACUACAGGAAACAUGGAAAAUUUCUCUAAUUUUGUAUUCGUUUUGCAUUUACUGGAUCAUCUAUAUCUUUAAACAUACUGACAGAUGUUUUGUAGUCAAAAUUGUAGAUAAUUCUACCUUUGAAACACUGAAUUCUUGCUUAGCAGGGUUCCAUUGUACUAUGUUAUGCAGUGGGAACAAUUCUCAAGAGCUCAGUCUGCAUUUCUUUAUGAUAGAGAGAUAACAUUUUAUUUCAUUAUUGAUUCGUGUAAUUUUAAGUGAUGAAAUAUUUUUAGCUUGUCUACUUAAAAUGACUGUUCUGAACUGUGUGUAUUAUGCUAACUGGUGCUUUCGUCUUAAUCAAGAGCAUAGGUGUGACGCCUAUACAUGAUGUAUGCAUCUAAAUGGCGUAAAAAUAAAUGAUGCAAGUGAUUUUUAAAUUUCAAUAUUUUAACAAAUGUGUAAUUACUGUGACUUUUUUAUUGCUUGCAAAACUUUAAUAGGAGGAAUGAUGUGAUCUGUGGUAAUUUUUUUUUUUUUUUUUUUUAUUUUUUUUUUUUUUUAUGAAAUUAGAAAAAGAUCAAAACCUUUUUAAAGUUGGAGCUGACACAGAUAUGAGAAAAUGUAAGAUUGAACUGUUGGGCUUUCUUGUGGAUUUUCUACUUCACCAAAGGCUUGACAUUUAGGUUGAGGUAGCUAAAAGAUUGAGAUGUUAUUACAUUUAAAAUGUAGUACAUAUAUGUCUGGACUACAACCCUAGAAAAGAUACCCAAUUUUACAUGUCAUCCAUGACAGAAUAUUUCAGUUUUAUCUUUGUGAUAAACAAAAUGAGGUUGAUUUAUUGCUCUAUAUCUACACCAAAGCUGUCCUUUUUUCCUACCACACAAUUUCUUCAGCAUUAUCAUUUGUUACCCAUAACAUUAUAGAUUUAUUUAACCAAAUAUGUAUACUGUUGAUGUAUUGCAUUUGAUGUGCACAAAAGUUCUACGUAAACCGGACACCUGGAACUGGUAUUAUCACCAGAGAGACCCCUGAUAGCCAAUAGCCAUGUGUCGAUCAUCUGUUAAAAUAUUGUUACCAAACUAUGUAACAUGUUCUUCUGUAUAAAAAAAGCCAUGAUCACAUUUUUA